AUGCUAAUCGCAAAGGGGGAAUUUGCAAGCUAUGUUCAAGGUCCGGCGCAAGAGCAGAACCGCCCGACUGAGCAGAUCAAGCGGAGCCAGAGGCCAAACCCACAUAACUCCCAGCCUGUUCGGAUUAUAAAUGCAAUUCAUGGCCGGCCUGAACAAAUGACGAAGUCAGAAGAAUUGUUCAGAAUACAGUUACGCCAGGCCCAGUUAAAAAGGAGGAUUGGCAGUGUACAUGCUUUGCACCAGCAGAACGCGUCCACACCGAUAAAGUUUGAUAGAACGGACCUGUUACGUGUUCAGAUUCCUCAUGAAGAUCCAUUAGUAGUCAGUCUGACAGUUGUAAAAUGCCUUGUGCGAAGAGUUCUGAUUGAUCCUGGCAGUAGUGCGAAUGUCAUGCCCAGGGUGACGUUCGACCGACUUGAGAUUGGUCCCGAAAAACUCAAACCCACAGGAAAUCCGUUGCUCGGAUUUGAUGGGAAGCGAGUGGAACCCAUUGGAAUGGUGGAAUUGACAGUACAAGCUGCUAAACGAGUUUUGACUGAAAGUUUUGUGGUCGUGGAAAUUCAUCCAUCCUACAACUUCUUGAUGGGCAGAGGAUGGAUUCACCGGGUUCAGGGCAUUCCAUUAACCUUGCAUCAAGUGAUGUGA